AUGUAUACCACCCUCGCUAAACAACUAGAAUACACUUCAGAUCACAACACCCUAAAAACCUACCUUCACUGGAAUUACCGAAGCCAAAAGCCUGCAAAGAAACUCAAGCUAAAUAUAUUGAAUAAAACGCUCUUUAAAGAUCUACUAGAAACUAAUCUCAUCAACAUUGCAGCUAUCCUCAGAACACCUUCUCUAAGAGACCUAGAUCAAGCCACAUUAUCCCUUAUACAAGCCCUUACAAAAAUCUAUACAGGAUCUGCAAGAAGAUCUAUAAACAAAUCUCUUUAA